AUGGUAGAUCAUAUUCAAUAUUUCUCUUUAAAUAUUAUACUAACGCAUGGCCAGGAAAGCCCACACGAGCACCAGCAGUCGCUGCUCCUUUCGCGUGUCAUCACCAAUGUGGAGAAGCUAAAUGAAGCCGUUCUUGCUUUGAACAAAUCUCUCCAAGAGAUAAACCUGCAGAACAUGAAUGUUGAGCUCGUUGCCCAGAUGUUCAAGAACUAUCAAAGCAAUGUCCUCUUUCAUCUGGAAGCCACCCAAGAUUUACAGGAUCCAGCAUAAGGAAGACCGUCGAGACUGAGCCCUGAAUUGGGGGCACUGGUUAGGGCGUUUAGGACAUCAUGGGGGCUGCAUUAUGAUCAUGAUAUACCCGACUUGGAAUGGUCAACGGGAACUAGGUAUCACUGCAUGGUAUUGGUGCCAUCUCGGACAAGGCAUUGAAUAAUGAUUUGAAUUUCUAAAUUCUCUCUUCGUCAUCCCAGUGACGGAUAUCGAAUGCAACAAAUUCCCC